AUGGGUCUCUUCGGCAAGAAGAACAGUAGCAAGAUCCCACCGGUCGAGUCGGCGCCUCCGCCUCAAUCCAAUGUUCCUGGCAGGUACGGCCCUCCUGGCGGCGGAGGAGGUGCCGGCUACGGCGCAGGCCCUUCAAUGCAAGGAGGUGGCGCUGGUUACGGCGGACCAGGUGGUACUCAGGCUGGCUACGGAGCUGGUGGCUACGGACAGCAGCAGCAGUAUGGCGGAUACCAAGACCGCUUUGCCAAUGCACGAGCACCGGGUGCAGGCUUCGGCUCUGGAUACGACCAGUAUGCGGGAGCAGGCGGAAGCAAACCGAACAAUCUUUCGCGCAAUGUGCAGAACCAGCGAGGUGGCGCUGCCGCCCAGGAUGACCUCGAAGCCGAAUACGGCCGAGGCUCGGGUGCGCCAGCAGGCUCGGCAUCGAACAAUGGCUACGAUGGCCUGGAGCAGCAGGAAGAGCAGCGAGACGAAGAGGACGAUGAGGUGGAGGCGGUCAAGCAACAGAUGCGGUUCACCAAGCAAGAGUCUCUCUCGUCCACUCGAAAUGCACUGCGCAUCGCUCGCGAAGCCGAAGAGACGGCUACCAACACCAUGUUCAAGCUCUCGGACCAGUCCGAAAAGAUCGGCAACACCGAACGCUCGCUCGAUUUGGCCAAAGCACAUGCUUCUCGUGCUGAAGACAAUGCAAAAGAAAUCGUGGCGCUCAACCGCUCCAUCUUCCGUCCCAACAUGCAGUUUAACAAGAAGGCCAAACGUGAUGCGGAAGAGGCGCGAAUCAUUGCUCGUCACAUCGACGAGCGUGAAGAGCGCGAAGCUGUCCGUCGCGACGUCACCGCCGCACAGUCAAGACUCGACGCCAGCAUGAACGGUCCAGGCACAGGCAAGGCUAGCUUCGGUCGUUUCGGUCAGGAUCGUUUCGGAACUGGCAAGAAGGCGGAAGAGGCAGCACAGCGUAACAAAGUUGCGCAGCGCGGACGAUAUCAGUUUGAAGCGACAGAGUCGGACGACGAGCUGGAGGAUGAACUCGACCAGAACCUGGACGAGAUCGGCAUGCUCAGCUCUAGAUUGAACCAGCUCGGGAAGGCCAUGGGUCAGGAGGUGGACAGCCAGAACUCCAGAUUGCAGAGGAUCGGAGACAAGGCGACGACGCUGGACACCAAGAUCUUUGCCGGUACCCAGCGACUUGGCAACAUCAAGUAG